AUGCCAAGCUAUGUGAAGUUUCUUAAGGACAUCUUGACCAAAAAGCACAGGAUGAGUGAAUUUGAAAUGGUUGCGCUCACUCAAGAGUGUAGUGCAUUAUUCAAGAAUAGCAUUCCUUCAAGUAUGAAAGACCCUGGAAGUUUCACUUUAUUAUGCUCAAUUUGUGGGAAAGAAGAUGGCCAUGCGCUAUAUGACCUAGGAGCCAACAUCAACUUGAUGUCUCGGUCCAUCAUUAAAAAUCUAGGUAUUGGCAAGGUGAGGCCUACUACUAUGACUUUGCAACUAGCUGAUCGAUCCAUAAUGUACCCGAAAGGCAAGAUCGAAGACGUUCUUGUACAAGUUGAUAAAUUUAUAUUCCCUGCAAAUUUAAUAAUUAUGGAUUACGAAGUUGACAAUGAAAUACCGAUCAUUUUGGGCCCUUGCAAAUUUGAUUUGGAGAUGUUCAAAAAGGAGAAUUGA